AUGAUUUCGAUAAUUGGGGAGCCCCUGACACAAGCCAUGAUUGAAGAAAGGAAGAGACCGCUAUUUAAAACCCCCGUGCCCCCUCUUCCAUUUAUCCCACAAAGCCUCUUUGAAGCCCUUCUCCAAGUCCCACCUUUCUAUUCCCUGAUUCUUUCACCAGUCCUAAACCCAAGCUUAAGAGAAGGGAAGAAAGGAGAGGAAAGGAGGUGAAGAAAGAAAGGUGAAGCAAGGCAAGGAGUAGUAAAGGAAAAGAGAUAAAAGGGUUGCUCGCUAGUUUCGUCAAAGAUGAUGGUGGAAAAGGAGGAUCUCGGACUCAGCCUCAGCCUGAGCUCGCCGGAGACUCGGUUCCCUCUCCAGCUCAAUCUCAUGCCGUCUCGUUUUUCUUCAUCCCCGUCUCCUCCUCCGCCGCCGCCGUUCCUUCUGCACAACAAGUCCUCAUGGAGCGAUCUCCUCAACCCCUCAGAGAGGAGAACGGAGGGACCGCUGCUGAGAGGAAUCGAUGUGAACCGGGCGCCGGCGACGGAGAGGGAGAGCGAGGAGGAAGCUGGGGCGUCGUCGCCCAACAGCACGGUUUCCAGCGUCAGCGGGAAGCGCGGGGACCGCGAGGUCCCUGGCGCGGAGGAGCACGAGGCGGAGCGCGCCUGCUCCCGGGGUAUUAGCGACGAGGAGGACGGGGAGGGCUCCCGGAAGAAGCUCCGCCUCUCCAAGGACCAGUCCGCCAUCCUUGAAGAAAGCUUCAAAGAGCAUAACACCCUCAACCCCAAGCAGAAGCUGGCGUUAGCCAAGCAGCUCAACCUGAGACCGAGACAGGUGGAGGUCUGGUUCCAGAACCGAAGGGCGAGGACGAAGUUGAAGCAGACGGAGGUGGACUGCGAGUUCCUGAAGAGAUGCUGCGAGAGUCUCACGGAAGAAAAUAGAAGGCUUCAGAAGGAAGUCCAGGAGCUGCGAGCUCUAAAGCUAUCGCCUCAGUUCUACAUGCACAUGACCCCUCCGACCACCCUCACCAUGUGUCCCUCAUGCGAGCGUGUCUCCAACUCCACCAACACCGCCACCGCUUCCGCUCCUUCACCGUGCCGCCGCCGCCGCCACCCGACCACCAUCCUCUGCUCCACCACCACCGCCCGAUCCCUAUCGCCCCCGCCCCAGCUCCGACUCCCUGGGCCCCGAUUCCUCUUCGUCCGUCCCUUCUCGAUGCCACUCUGCAGCGUACUUGAAGCUAAAAAUCAUUAUCACCUCCAUGAGUACCAUGGUGUAGGUCUAUUUUGGAGCUUUUUGGAGCUGAUAGAUUUUGGUGUAGAUUUGGUGGGAUACGGUGAGAUUACCAUGGAUGUCAGUAUAUUAUGUGUAAGCGUUUUGAUGAUGUUUAUGAUGAUGAUGAUGAGUGGGUGACUGAUGGAAAGAGGAGACUCUCCAUCAGCUUUUUCCUUUUUUUGACGAGGGGAAUUCCUUGGCCUGUCUCGUAGCUUAGUUUCUCAUCCACAUUCUUUUGUUUCCACCCCACUUUUCUCUAUUUUAUUUGGGGAGAUACUGUAGCGGAUCUGGGAGUUGGUGUGGGUGUCUCGGACUCUCUGUUAAAAAGUCUUGAAAAACUAUAAAAAUGUCAAGUUCUUUUUAAAUUAUGAGAACUGCAACUUGUAUAUCAUGUAAAGGGCUGCCUACUUUCCCCUGUCCCUUCUUUUUUAAUGUUUAGUUGUUUUUGUUCUCUGCGUUCUCAAUGCUCUCAUAAAUUAUUGUUUGUAAUCUCUA